UCAAAAUACAUAGAGAAAAACAAUAAUAAUAAUAAUGAAUAGCAUUUCCUCUAUUCAUUUUUAAAUCUCUUUCUUUCUUCCUUUCUUUUCUCUUUUUGAAAGCGAUGGAUCUUCUUUCCGAGGAUUCCUCCGAUUCCACUCUUCGGGUCGACUCAGACAACAACGAGGGCGCCUGCAACGAUGAACAGCGAGUUUACUUUGUGCCCUUCAGGUGGUGGAAAGAUGCACAGGAUUCAUCUUCAGGCGAAUCUGAUUUGAAGAGGGGGAUUUUGUAUACGGCAAACCCGGGAAGCUCGUAUGCCGGUCCCAUGAAGUUGAUCAACAACAUAUUCAAUUCAGAUCUUGCUUUCAAUUUAAGGAAGGAGGAGGAGGAUUCUUUGCACAAUGCUGAAAAUGGAGAGGUUGGGGUUUCAGGAAGGGACUAUGCAUUAGUUCCUGGUGAUAUGUGGUUGCAAGCUCUUAAAUGGCAUAGUGAUACUAAGAUUGCAGCAAAAGGUGGUAAAAGCUUUUCAGCUGCUGAAGAUGACAUGGCAGAUGUGUAUCCGUUGAAGCUAAGACUUUCUAUUCCACAAGAAACAAAUUCAUUGGGAGUAAAAAUUAGCAAAAAGGACAAUGCAGUGGAACUAUUCAGAAGAGCAUGCAAAAUCUUUAGUAUAGAUUCUGAGCCGUUUCGCAUUUGGGAUUUUUCUGGGCAGACAGCUCUAUAUUUUAUGAAUGAAAGAGAUGGAUUUCUCAAAGAUUCUCAACGCCGAUCAGAUCAGGAGAUUCUCCUGGAGUUGCAAGUCUAUGGGUUGUCAGAUUCCAUGAAAUGUAGAGAAGGGAGAAAAGACAAAAUGUUAGGACAACAUCCUUCAAAUUGCUCUUCUGGUGCUCCAGUUUUGUUAAGUGGCAAUUCAAACUCCAAUUUUGUUGGUACUGGCACUUCAAUAAUCUGUGGAAAAUCCGGAGAAGCUGGUUCUUUGGGACUGACUGGAUUACAAAAUCUUGGAAACACUUGUUUCAUGAACAGUGCCAUUCAGUGCUUGGCUCAUACACCAAAGGUGGUUGACUAUUUUCUUGGAGAUUAUACUAGAGAAAUAAAUCCUGACAAUCCACUGGGAAUGAAUGGUGAGAUUGCUUCAGCCUUUGGGGAUCUAUUGAGGAAAUUAUGGGCCCCUGGAGCAAUUCCGGUGCCACCAAGAACAUUUAAGUCAAAACUGGCUCGAUUUGCUCCUCAGUUCAGUGGCUUCAAUCAGCAUGAUUCUCAAGAACUUCUUGCAUUUUUGUUGGAUGGACUUCAUGAGGAUCUCAAUCGUGUUAAAAGUAAGCCUUAUGUUGAAGUGAAGGAUAGUGAGGGUCGAAAAGAUGAGGAAGUAGCUGAUGAAUAUUGGCAAAAUCACCUUGCUCGCAAUGAUUCUAUCAUUGUUGAUGUGUGCCAGGGUCAGUUUAAAUCAACUUUAAUUUGUCCAGAAUGCAGAAAGGUCUCUGUAACAUUUGAUCCAUUCAUGUACCUUUCACUACCUCUACCAUCAACAACAUUGCGUACAAUGACUGUAACUGUCAUCAGCACCGAUGGAACCUUUCCACCAUCUCCAUUUACAGUUACUGUACCGAAGAGUGGGAAAUUUGAAGAUCUUAUCCAGGCUCUAAGUGUUGCAUGUUCUUUAAGGGCUGAUGAGACCCUCCUCGUGGCAGAGAUAUACAACCACCGAAUUAUUCGUUUUCUUGAAGAGCUUGCCGAUUCUUUGUCAUUGAUUAGAGAUGAUGACACAUUGGUUGCUUAUCAGUUAAAUAAAGACAUCGAGAAAACUCCUUUAGUUGUGUUUACACAUCAACAGAUGGAAGAGCAGUGCAUCCUUGGGAAACUGACUUCAAAUUGGAAGACAUUAGGAAUUCCUCUUGUAGCAAGGCUUUAUAAUGUUGUUACUGGAUCUGACAUCCAUUGUCUAUAUCUGAAACUACUAAAUUCAUUUCAGACACAGACUGAAGAAGUCGUAGAUGGCCGUGAUAUCUCUGAGAGCACGGCAGUUGAGGACGUUUCUCCAAAAGAGCACGAUGAAUCAUCUCGAGUUUCAAAUGGAUUUGAAAAGCCCCCUGAUGCAAAUGGCCCUUUAGAGGCUGAGUUACGAUUUUACUUAACAGACGGAAAGGGAAUAGUCAAGGAAUCUGAGAUACUUUUGGGUGAAGCGAUACCAGCUGAUGGAAUGUCCAGGAGAUUACAUGUACUCGCAUCCUGGCCAGAAAAAUAUGUUAAAAAGUACGAUGCACAGCUUAUUAGCACUUUACCGCAGAUCUUUAAGUCCUGCUUUUUCACUAAGAAACCUCAAGAAUCUGUUUCUCUUUAUAAAUGUCUUCAAGCAUUCCUGAUGGAGGAGCCGCUUGGACCUGAAGACAUGUGGUACUGUCCAGGCUGCAAAGAGCACCGUCAAGCGAGUAAAAAGUUGGAUCUUUGGAGACUGCCUGAGAUUCUGGUUAUUCAUUUAAAAAGAUUCUCGUAUAAUCGAUUCUUGAAAAACAAGCUGGAUACAUUUGUUGACUUCCCCAUUGACAAUCUUGAUUUGUCCAAUUAUAUCGGCUCUAGUAAUGACGAGUUAUCGAACCGUUACAUGCUUUAUGCGGUUAGUAACCACUAUGGAAGCAUGGGAGGUGGUCAUUAUACUGCAUUUGUCCAUCAUGGGGGUGGACAAUGGUACGAGUUCGAUGAUAGCCAUGUUUAUCCCAUUGGCCCAGAGAAGAUCAAGACAUCCGCUGCUUAUCUUCUCUUCUACAGAAGAGUCGUAGACUGAAAACAUCCGGACCAUUGUUUACCGAUGUAACCUUUUAAAGUGAGAAUUCUUCAUCGGUGGAUAUAUCAAUAUAUCAAAAGAGUAAGCAUUCUACUUUCAUCUUUGGCCUAAGUUGAUAGUUUUUAGUAUUACAAAGGAAGGGGGAAUUAUAAGUUGAUGCCAUUGAUGACUGUACCAUAGUAGCAAGCAAGAAAUGAGAGGUGAGAGUGUUUGAAGAAGGGGAAGGGGAAUUUUUGUUUCUUUUAUACCUAUAAUCAUUUGUGAAAUGAAGAGUUUAUCCUUAUUAUUUUUAUUUUUUAACCCAUGAAAGUGUAGCUUUUGUUAAUUGUUAUUAAUGUAAAAUGAUUGAUUGAUA